UAAAAAUAAAAAAAUGUCUGUCAAUGUCAUUUAAAUAAUUUAUAAAGAAGGAAAUAAUGAGGUAAAAUCGUGGUUUUUAUUCAUUUGUAAACUUAAAGGCGACAGAAACAAGAGUUGUUGUAACGAUGGAUAUUUUCGAUGCACCCUACUAUAGAAUAAUGAAGAACUCUGCUAAAUUGAUAGGUCAAUGGCCCUAUCAGUCUCGUGAGAAAAGGAUAAUUAUUAUAAUUAUCGUUUGGGCGUUUUUCUUUAUGCAAUUUAUUCCACAAAUUAUAGCUAUUGUGAUGCAUAUCGAUGAUCCAGAUAUUCUAUUCGAAGCGUGUUCAAAUAUGGCAGUAGAUUUCGUGAGCGCAAUAAAAUACAUAAAUGCAAUUUGUAAAACAAAUCUGAUAAAAAAACUACACAAUAGAGUAAUACUUGAUUGGAGCUUGAUGUUGAACGAUGAAGAAAAAAAUACAUUGGAGAAGCACACCUACCUCGGAUAUAUUUUUUCAUCUGGAUGGGCAGGAUUUGCAUAUAUGUCCGCGACUAUUUUUGUAUUGGAACCGGUUUUCCCGAGAAUUUUGAAUGUAUUCAUAAGCGUAAAUGAAACUGAUCCAUUUAAAUUGGCUCUUCCGUUGGAAUACAUUAUUAUUGACAGAGAGAAGCAUUACUGGAUAAUGUUGUUCGUUUCAACUAUAUUUGUUUAUAAUAUUAUAAUAGUUCUUGUUUCAUGUGACAUCAUGUACAUCACCUUUGUGCAACACGUUUGUGGAUUAUUCGCAGUUUUAGGAUGUCGUCUAGCAAAUACACCAAUCGAUAAAAAUUAUUCUGGAGGUCGUAUAGCAGGAGAUAAUUUGUCAAAUUCGGAGGAUAUUCCAUACAAACACUUGGUAUCUUGCAUCAGGAGCCACAGGCGGGCUUUAAAAUAUGCGGAACUUCUCGAAAGCGCUUACUCUGUAAGUUUUGGAUUGCUAGUAGGAAUUUACCUGCCUCUUUUAAGUAUCACCGGAUUCCAGAUUAUCACACAAUCUAAUACCAUCGAGCAGUUGUUAAAAUACGCAACAUUCACAAUCUCCCAGAUAAUACAUCUCUUUUUUGAAUGUUUUAUGUCACAACGGUUGACAGAUAUGAGCUUAGAAAUGCAAAAAAGCAUAGCUGAAGUGCAAUGGUUCGAUAACUCGAUCAAGUCACGGAAAUUGUUAUUAAUAAUGACAAUGAGAAGUCAAGUGCCUUGCAAAUUGACUGCUGCUAAAAUCAUGGAUUUGACUAUUGAAAAUUUCGGAAUGAUGGUAAAAACAUCUGGGUCUUACUUCACAAUGCUGUUGUCAAUGCAAUAACAAACUUCCUCGUUCAUCUUCACAUAGUAAAAGUUAGUUUAAAAUAUACGUAUGAUGAAUUAAUCAGAACCUGAUAUUCUAAUAAAAGUAAAGAUAUAUUGUCGUUACCCGGAAGAAUAAAUUAUAUACAGUUAUAUCUAAAUAGUUGUAUAUACACUGUAAAGAGAGCGGUGUUAAAAAUCGACUCAUUUUAACUCCGCCCGGUGUUAAAAUAAAAUUACACCGGUGUUAAAAAUACCGUCGUUAAAUCGGGGUAACCGGUGUAAAAGUGGAGUAAAAUCGGUGUUAAGACCGGGUAACCGGUGUAAAAGUAGGGUAAACUGCGUCCGCUUGGAUGAUUAACUUUAAAGAUUAUAAAACACGAAAAAGUCAGUUCUUUAUGAAAGUUAAUAAAGAAUAUCAUUUAUUAACAAGUAUAGUGAUCGAGUAAAUAAAAAUAUUCACAAAGUAAAAUAUUUUAACACUGGUAAAAGAUAUCUACACGCCCGGCGGCGUUAUUUUAACACCGGUCUAGAAUACACCGGUGACGGCGUUAUUUUCACACCGCUUUCAGGGGUAAAUUUAACACCGAUAAUUUUAACACCUACACCGUUUGGACUUACCCCGGUGAUUUUUUACAGUGUAAUUAUAUCUCGAUUCUCGCGCGAUGAAUAUUAAUAUAUAAGUAAAUAUUCUCUAAAAAUAAAUUAACUUACAGAAAAAAAUCAAUAUAAGAUUCUGUAACGGCGAUUCUUCGUUUUGACUGAUUAACAAAUCAUAGCAUUUUCUGGGCUCAAUACUGGGUAGUUCUAAAAAUAAACAUAAAACAGUUGAUUCGAAAAUAUGUGUAAAUUAAGUUUUUUCUGAUCUAUUUGAAAAAUAAUUUAAAUAUGUAUAUGUUUGGAAUAGAAUGUCAGUAAAUUGAACAAGCAUACGAAUGAUCUUAUGAUUAUUAUGCAAAAAAAAAAGAAUGGAAAAUAAGUAACUACAUUUUUUUCAUUAACUAGUAUUACAAAUGGGUAGUAUUGAUGGAUUAUUUCAUUACGGACCAUUUGCAUUCGGUCAGCUAGUUCAUGUUUUUAUUGGAAAUGCAAUUUCACAGCAAUUAAUAAUUCACAGUGGUGAAACUAAUGAUGCAAUGUAAAUAUUACUUUUUCAAUGCUAAAUAUAGAAGAAAACUAGGCAAGUUUUUUUUUCGGAACAUCCUGUUUUACCUGAUACACGGAAAAAAAUUAAUCGUGAAUGCAACAUGAUGCAGUCUUGGUAAAUAUACA